AAUCUGCGAAUGAAUGCGCCUGUAUUUUCUUCCCUUCGGAUGAACAGGAAUAAAAAGCUGUCAGCGCGCGUAAACGACUGCGUUUGGAGAUACCUCACAGCAGAAGGCCAAGAUGGUUACCAUCAAUAACAUGUCGUUUAAGGCAGGCAAGGAGCUGAAGAUCUCUGGAAAAGCCAAAGAAAACACGGGGUGGCAUUUCGAGAUCGGCCACAACGAGCAUGACGUGGCGCUGCACUUCAACCCGCGCUUCGACAUGCACGGCGACGUCAACACUGUGGUGUGCAACUCUAAAAGUGGAGACUGCUGGCAGGAUGAGCAGAGAGAGUCCUGCUUCCCCUUUCAGCCUGAGGAGGACUUCAAGAUUGUCAUAACCUUCAACAACGAAUUCUUUUACAUCAAUCUUGGUGACGGUAACAUGAUCCACUUUCCAAACCGCUUUGGCGACGACAAAUUCAGGUACAUGCACUUCGGAGGAGAUGCCAAGAUUUACAGCUUCAAGAUCAAAUGAGGUCGGCCAUCUUGGAUUUGACAAGAUCACCAUUUUGGAUGUCACCAUUACCAGUCAUGUCCUGUGCCACUAAACACAGUAAACCUUACGGUGUUAAUUCAACACUUAGAGAGUUUAAUUCAACUCUCUUCUAGUUGGUUCUGCUCUGUCAGAGUUAAAUUAACACUGUAAAGUUUGCUAUUGUAUGAACGUUGCCCCAUCUGUCUGACCACUGAAUAUCCAUUUUUAAAACAAAUAUUUUUGUCAAGGCUGCAGUUGUGAAUUGAUAACAUUUCUGUGAACCAUUGUAUUGAAAACUUGAAACCUCAUUUUGUUAUGCACAUGAAUGUGAAAAGCGAGGAGAUAUCAACAAGAUAUGCCUCAUUCCAGUAAAUGACCACUAAUAAAAUAUUUUUCAGAUUGUA